UCAGCUGCCCAUUUAAAGGCAUGCGAGCCACAGCUCCCUGCCCACAUCUGUCUGUCUGAUCUCAGCAGCUGGAGAGAGAGUUAGAAGAGGAGCAGCAUCAUGUCUUGUGGACUAGUUUGUACCAAUAUAGGUCUCAAGGCCGGAAAGCGCGUUGGUGUGAAGGGUGAAAUCUCUGCAGGUGCCAAGAGCUUCGUGCUGAACUUAGGGAAGGACCCAUCCAGCAUCGUGUUGCACUUCAACGCACGUUUUGAUGUUCAUGGGGAUGUGAGGACCAUCGUAUGCAACUCCAAGGACAAAGGAGAGUGGGGUGCAGAGCAGAGGGAGUCAGCCUUCCCCUUCCAGGAGGGUUCCCAGGUGGAGAUCUUCAUCACUCACGACAUGAGUAAUCUAACUAUUGAUUUGCCAAACCACCACCAGUUCAAGUUCCCUAACCGGUUGGGUCUCAAGACCAUCGACUACAUGAAUGCAGAAGGUGACUUCACAAUCAAAUCUGUCCACUUGGAAUAACUCCCCACUCCUUGCUCCCCAAAGGGAUAUUCAA